GAUGUCCAAGUUCUCUUUGAAAAAUAUUUAGAAGAACGUGGUAUAAAUACAGCCGUGGCUCUUUUCAUUUCAAAUUAUGUUGAAUAUAAAGAGCAAAAAGAGUAUAUCAAAUGGUUGGAAAACGUUAGGAAAUUUGUCGAU